AUGUAUUUGGAUGUAGAACGAAGGAAAUAUUCCUUUGGAAGAAAGGGAAUCUGUUUAUAUCUAUCUAUCUCUGUGUUUUUCUAUCUGUAUAUCUAUAUACCUAUUUAUAUUUAUGAUUUCUAUCAAAUCUAUAUAUCUUUCUAUCUAUCUAUCUAUCUAUCUAUCAAAAUAGGUGAAACAUUUCUUUUUUUUCCAUUUUUUAUAUAUCUAUCUGUUUUUAUGUUAUAUCUGUCUAUCUAUCUAUUUUACAUAAUUUAUAUCUGUCUAUAUACCUAUCUAUAUUUGGGUUUUAACUUUCUCUCUCUCCCGUAUUUCUCUAUCUUUGACAAGAGUUUCUAUUAUCUAGGAAGAUACAUUCAUCUGAUCUAUCUUUAUUCAUAUACAUCUAUCAUUCAUCUAUCUAUCUAUCUAUUCACAUCUAUUCAUUGGGAUUCAUCUAUCCCAUUCAUUGAGAUCAUUCAAUCCAUCCAAGAGUAUCUAUCUAUCGCAAGAUUAACAUCUAUCUCAGACCAUCAAUCUAUCUAUCUAUAUCCUAUCUAUCUCCCCUAUCUACAUUAUCUAUUAUCUCUAUUAAUAUCUAUUCAUCCUAUAAGCAUCUAUCUCAGAUUAUCUAUCUUUUAUCAUUAUGCUAUUAUCUAUCUCAUCCCACUCAAACUUUUUCCAUAUCUAUCUAUGAAUCUAUUUAUCUAUCUAUCUAUCUAUCUAUCUAUCUAUAAUAUCUUCACACUUAUACGUACUCAGAUCAAAUAUCUCUCAUCAUUAUCUAUCUAUGUAUCUAUCUAUUUAUCGAUUUAUUCAUUAUCUCUCUCGUCCGAAACACUCUAUCUAUCUAUCUAUCUAAAAUCGGAACAUCUAACAACUAACACAUGUGAUAAUCUUAUUUGGAUCUGA